AAUCUGAAUGACCCUCCAAGACACGCCGUCUCUGCCAACCAGGAGCACAACGUCGGUCGAAAUGGCGGUUCCUCGAUGUCACGCCGAUCACCGAUACUUGGCACGCCCGUAGCUGAGGGUGAGGCUGCGGCCGAAUAUUUCCCACCUCUUGAGGAUACCGCGUCAUCCGUCCAGCGAUUCCCAUCCUACCAUGAGGCAUCGCGACCGCAAUCCUCGGGUCAGGCCUCGGUCGGCAGAGGUCGCGCAGGUAGCGGUGCCUCCGCUCCCCUGGAAGAGAUGACCCGCACGGUGUCUCGCCAGCCCAGUAUCAGGCUUCGUCGUCGAACUUCGUCUCUCAGAUCCGGAACUACCCAGUCAGGGCCGCUCGGGACAGACAGCACCUCAGCCACGAGCAGCGUAUCGGGCAACCGACCUAGAAGCAUCUCUCAACCAGAUCGCGCCCAUCUGGCUGCCGACGCAAGCGCCCCCAGUCGGCACUCUAGAAGAGUACAGCCUGCCGCCAUGCCGCGUCUGACUGAGGAAGGCGCGCGCCCGACAAUGGAUGAAUUGGAAAUGGACAAUGAUCCACCGUCGAGAACCCACUCAUUGACUGAGGCUCGGUUCGAUGAUGAUUUAGAGGCGCAUGAAACAAACAGCCGUCCGAAUCCAAGCCGUAUGAGGAGGAUGAGCCGAUUAAUCUGGCAUCGCCGGGCCGAUGAUCAAGAUCCCAAUGCUUUCCCGAGUCAAGCAGAUGAGCCGUCCAUCAGGGAUGACGAAUACGAUGAGCGACUUGUCGACUAUCUCGACACUAUCGACCCAGAAGUCCAAACUCUUUCGACUCUUACGAAUGUACAAAACUCGCUUUUCGUGCCGGACUUGGGCAAAUGGGUGAAUCGACGUCCAACAUUCAACCUGUCUGAACACAAUCUUGAACGUGCCGCUAGAUUGCCGCCUGCACCAGGCGCACCAACACCAGGCGCGCCAACACCAGGGCCUGCUACUGGGGGCAUGGGCCGAAUCGGCGAGGAUCGUGAUGCAGAGACGCUUGCUGAAGCCGGAGUCGAUGUUGAACGGCCUGGGUUGCAACGGUCCAGCACCAUUACAUCUCGCCUCACCGAAUCUCACUACGCCGCCCUUCCCCACGGCGCCAGUCUUCACGGGUGGACAGAAGAAGAGAAAUGGGAGCUUGAUGAUCACGUGCGUCACAUGAUGCACUCUCGACGCUCCAAGUUCAAGAGACAAAUGAAGGGGUUUGGGCAGUAUGUGAGACAGCCUUUGGGUUUCUUCGUCACUCUUUACGCCACUCUGAUUACACUAUUUGGUUUGGCUUGGGUCCUCUUCCUCAUUGGCUGGGUCUAUGUGGGUGAUAAGCAGCUGUAUGUGAUUCAUGUCAUUGACAGUGUGCUUGUCGCGCUGUUUGCUGUCAUGGGCGACGGAUUGGCUCCUUUCCGGGCGAUCGACACGUAUCACUUGUGGUUUGUCUUACGGUACGCCAGGAUUGUCAAGAAAGGUGGUGUGCGCCCCCGAUCGAGGCUGCAAAAAAACAACGUUCCCGAGUCCAUCCGAGCAAGCGUCGAUGCUGCACGCGCUGUGCAAGCUGCGUCUCAUGCUUCGGAGCCAGUUCAGCCCUUGCGUCAAGAGGAGCAAGUCGCGCCCGACGCAGCGAGUCAGCAGUCGAAUCCCGAGGUCAACGACUACAUGUUGCGCAACAAUAUCGUUGUGGAUGCGGAUGAUGCUAAAUCCGGUAUCGAGGCUUAUGAGCGUACGCCAUUGACACCAAAGCAGCAGCAGAGCCUACAUCAUCAUCAGUCGAAACUGGCCAAGUCUCACAGUUUCUAUAAACCUCACGAGACGGCGACUCAUUAUGCCUUCCCUGUCAGUUACUUGACAGCCAUUGUCAUUCUUCUGGACUGCCAUUCAUGUUUGCAAAUUUCCCUGGGAGCUUGUACGUGGGGCAUUGACUAUCGAAAUCGGAACAUUGCCAUUACCACGGUCAUCCUGGCUGUCAGCAUCACGGUCAACAUUACGGCUGGUAUUGUCAUCUCAGUCGGUGACAGGAAGACAAGGAAGAAGGACGUGUGGAAGUUGAUGAACCGCCAAGAAUUGACUGGGGAUGCGAUGAGACUGGUCGAGGAGAAAAGGUCCAAUUCGAAUUCUCAGAAGGCGGAAAAGUCGCCCGAGUCCGAGAUUGACACGGAAGCGAGCAGAGAAGCCAGCUUAUACGCCGCGCAGUCGAGGACGGCCUCCAGGACGGAUUCCAAGACGGACUCCAAGAAGUUGGUCAAGCGCGCUUAUGAGUCUGGGCGGCGGUACGAUCUGGACUGAUGUGUGGGUGUUCUUUACGUUUUCGUCAGGUGCUAAAUUCCCGCUGGGCCGAAUAUACAUGGAUUCAGGAUACCCGAUAAUGUUGCUCUUCUAGCACGUACUAUAUUUGAGCGAUUGCAUAUAAUUCCAUCAAUCUUUUCAUGGCAUUUACUCAGCCAUUCGUCCAGGCUUGCAAUGCGUGUGAAGAGCUAAUACCACCU